CCUCUUCCAGCUUCACCCUGAGGUUCCUCAUCACCCACUCAGAGACGUGUGGAUCUUUGGUGUCACUGUAUGUGCCCUUUGAGUGACAGGCAAACAGUGCAAGGUGUGCCCCACCUCUCGCCCCAAGUCGGCUGGGAUGGACUUCAACUUCCUCCCGUGAUGAUAUGAGCGACAUGGAUAGAUGCAGAGCCAGACGUCUAAUGCGAUUCUGUUUGCGUGUGAAAGCUGCGGAAAGACGGCAGAUGAGAGGAGCGCCUCCCGCAAAGCGGCCCGUGGAGAAGUGGCUCAGACCGAGAGGAACCUCGCCGAUUAAAGGCUUUAUUCCUCUAUGACUCGUUUUUAGUUUUGAAGAGCAAAAACAAAUUUUUGUUUUGUUUCACAAAAUGCCCCCUACCCCCAACCUUUCUGUUCCUCCCACUACUUUGUAGCUAAUACCCCCCCCCCCCCCCGGUCAAAAUGAGAGCUUGUUAGGACCGGCUUCAUUGUGCUCUUGCAGUGCAACCAUCGGAUUCAGUGAUAUUGUCUGAAUUAAAUGAGAGGCUUGUGCUGAAAAGGAGGCCUUAAACCUGCAUUCUUUGUUAUUUACAGUAGGGGGCGACCACACUGGAUUCAUUAUUCACUUCAACGCUUCCUAGCAGUUAACCUGUCAAUCAGUGAUCCUCUCCUUCUCCGCCCCUUUCUAAUCUGAUGAUCACUUCAGUUGAAGAUGGCAACUACCAGAAUGAGACUCAUGGCUUCAAAACAUUACUAAAUUUGACCAAGGAGUUUCCACAAAUGACCACCUCUUUGAUCCAGUCUGGAGCGUUCGAUCACAAUAACGGCUCAAUUAGACAUCAGAAGAAGACCGCUGUGUCAUAGCAACGACCUAUGGUCACACACACACACUCGAUCACACUCAUGUUGAAAAGUGUUUCUGCUGAAUAACGUUCACUUGAUGAGAGCGAGGCCAGUGUAUCUCGACUUUACCACAUGAAAUACUGUGUUUGCCUUUCUUUUAUAAGCUCUGCUUUUGUUGCCAUGGGCAACCAGGGUAUUCUCAGCAGCUCUAUGUAUAGAAAGAGGUAGUUUUUUUAUUUUUGUUUGUUUUUUUGUUUUGGUUAGCUAAUCUCAUCUGGGUGGGAAUAAAACUGCAUCAGGGAAGCAUCCCACCCACGAUGAGCCUCGGAUAUUGAACUGUGAGUAAGCGAGCCUCCCAAAUCCCGCUGCCUCUCUAGGUAGCGAAGAAAUGCACAGCGAAGAAAUGAAAAUUAGGAUCAAAUUAAUCAAAUGCAUGUCAAACUGAUUAAUAAAACAUUGAAUACGAAAAAGGCUAAGUUAUUGCAGCACUGUAAUAGUAUAUUGAUGUGAUAGUUUUACAGGUUUCUAAUAAACUGAAUUCUCAUUGGAACAAAUGGUACGUUAAUUUUACUUUGUAGUUUUCAUUUUCAAGUCUUUAAAAAGAUUAAAUUAAAGCCAUGUUGCAUAGCAUAGCACAAGAAAGUGGAAUGCAAAAUGAUGAAUGAAUGAAACAAAUAGUGGCUGUCCCUCCAAUUAAUCACCAGAUGCCUCAUCCAUUUAACCCUCAAAUUGACUUCUCCCUUUUCCUAUUAGGGGAAAAAAAAUGAGUAGUAAUAAUUUCAGUUCACUGACGCUAUUGUUCACACACGAACAUUACAGAGCCCAGUUAAACCUCAUUGCUAACCAAUACAGCAGCACCUACUGCGGCACAUGAACAGUCUUUCAGCUGACGGAUCUGUUUUUCUGAAUUUCACCAUUAUCAGCAUGACAUCAAUGACAAUGUACUAGUAAUAUUGUUUAGUAUUAUGCCAAAAAUGCAUGCAAAUAAAUACUUUUUUCUCAACAUGAAUUCCAAUAAUUGUAAAAUAUUUCUAGGGGACUGUAUGGCUCUACCUUCCUGUUCCCAGUCCAUUAUGUGUCAUCAGGAUUCUUUAAAAGCAAUACUUAUAAAACACCACUAAGUGACAGUAUGGCUUUUGCAAACAGCUUCCUGUUCCCACUUCAUUUUGUGUUGUCAGCUAUCUUCAAAGGCCCCAGGACCAUCUCCAAACGUGGACUGAGGCAGACCAAGAGCCUGGACCCGGCACUGAUGAGGCACUAUGGAGCGGAGAGCACGUCCUACCAGGGAGGCUUCACAUGGAACAGCGUGUCAGGACGCUCCGUGGGUCUGAAGCCCGUCCCACUGCAAAGCCUCUCCGAGCUGGAGAGGGUUCGUCUGCAGGACGUUGCCUUCAGGCGACUCCUUCGCAAUUGCAACCUGGGCUGCCACAUCACCAUCCCCAAAUAUGGUCACAAAUACAAGAAGUCGCUCAGGCGUAAGCUGGAUUCCCUUUCUAAGGAGAAGAGUAAAGACAAAGAGGCGACGCCCCAGGCCUUUAGCAUCCCGCUGGCGCAGGUCAUCUGCAACGACCGCACGCACAAGCAGCGUCACGACGCGCCGCACGAGCAGCACUGCGACCCCACCGAGCUGGUGCUGUCCUUCCUCCACUUCACCUCCACGUUCAAGAGGGCCAACAAGGAGCUGUCGAGCAGCAACUCGUCACUCAGCUCCAACUCGGAGAGUCCCAAUAAGUCGCCGUUUGCUCGAGCGGCCGACGCAGCUCCACGGACGCGUAGAAGGGGCGGCGUGUCGGUGGACUGCAUCACCGACCUGGACGAUAACCAGUCGCAGCUCUUGGAGGCCCUCCAGCUGUCUCUACCAGUGGAGGCGGCGGGCAAAAACAGGAAGAAGAGGCACGACAAAAAGCUGAGCCUCAACCCCAUGUACCCUCAAGUGCCCAAGGUGGUGGAGCUCUGCUGCCAGCACCUGGAAAACCACGGUUUACAGACUGUGGGCAUUUUCCGUGUGGGGAGUUCCAAAAAGAGGGUGAGGCAGAUGCGUGAAGAGCUAGAUCAGGGAUGGGAGCUACAUUUGGACGAGCAGUACAGCGUUCACGAUGUGGCGGCGUUGCUGAAAGAAUUCCUCCGCGACAUGCCAGACCCUCUGUUGACAAGAGAGCUCUACACGGCGUUCAUCAACACAACGUUGUUGGAGCGGGCUGAGCAACAGAAGGCCAUCCAGCUCUUGAUGUUCUUGCUUCCUCCCUGCAACUGUGACACGCUGCAGCGCCUCCUCUGCUUGCUCUCCGCCGUGGCCGCGCAUGCCGAAGACAUGCUGGACGUGGACGGACGCAAGAAAGCAGGCAACAAGAUGACCUCAUUAAAUUUAGCCACCAUCCUGGGACCCAAUCUCUUGCGGAAGCAAAAAAACCCCGACAAGGAGUUUGCAGUCCAGAGUUUAGCCCGCGCCGAGGAGAGCAGCGCCAUCAUCAGCGUACUCCAAAGCAUGAUCAAUGCGUGUGACUCUCUGUUUCUGGUUCCUGCCGAGCUACAGAAUGAGGUGUUGCUCAGUCUCCUAGAAACCGAUCCUGAUGUUGUGGACUACUUACUGAGGCGGAAGGAUACACAAUACAUCAAUUCAGGCCUAGUCAGACCGCAUGAUUCCUCCCUGAUGGAGAGGUGCUCCUCCAAUGACUCCAUGUCCAGCGGCGAGGCGUCUCCAUACGACAACAGCUCUCCCGUCCUGUCCGAGCGACUCCUGGUCCUGGAGGACGACGAGGCGCUCUCGCACAGCGGCACCGAGCACGCGUCUGAAAGCUCGCCAACUACUGAAGAGGCCUUGGAGGAUCACUUCUGGGACACCUGGCAUCCACUUUUCAGCAAGAAUGUUAUUGACCUUAACAUCAAUGGCUCCCUCGGAGACAUGUCUGAAUGGAAGUCGUUUGGAUCGUCGGAGGGGCUGAGCUGUCACCAAGGUAACAGCCCGACACAAACCUCAUUGGAUGCUUCAGAACGCACGCCACACCUCCCCGUGGCUCGCGGCAGCAGCAGCGACGGCCCUCGCGACCAGACGGAACCCCGGCAACCAUUACCUUCAUUACAUCGGGUACCCAUCAGCCAAUCCGGAGCCAUCAGCUCGGACGACCUGGCGGACAGGAUGAUACGCCCUGUUGAUCCAAUCCCUACAGAUAGAAGAGAUUGUUUGUUUCGACCUCUCAGUGAGAUGCAUGUUUCUCAUUCCGCACCUUCCAUCAGUCUGACACGCCAAGCCCAGACUCACAGCGGAAACACCAGAACUGCACCAGAACGGGCCUCUGGUAAAGCAAACGGCCAUAUAUGGCAGAUCCUGUCGACAAACAAUGGAGAUGCACUGCCUGAAACCCUGGUGUGACGAAUACAUCAAAACUUGCUGAGAUGCUGCCAUUAGCUAACUCUCAGUGGUAGUUCAAAGUGUUUCCCUUAUUGUACUAUAUACUAUGUGUGUGUGUGUAUAUAUAUAUAUAUAUAUAUACACACAGUGCAUAAAUGUAAGAUUAUUAUAUGUUCAUGCAUUUAUCGUCAAUUUAUAUAUGACACGUUUUUUCUCUUUUCUAAAUCAUAAUAAAAUGCAUAAAUUUAUUUUAUAUUUAAUAACUUAAUUCUCAGCUAUGAAGGUUCUCAUUAAACAUUUUAAAAACUCAUGUCCCUUGUUAUAGUUAAUAAUUUGGCAUGGGAAACAAUACAAAAAGUCUUGUCUUGCAUAAAAUAUUGCAUUAUAAUUUUGUAGAAAUCCAACUAAAAGACUCACUGGGGUUACAAAUUCUACUACAAUGUGUUUUUAAACUAAUAUAUUGAAUGUCGAUGUGCUAAACUUUGUUGUUAACCACAUUUCUAUUCUUUUUAAGUGUUUUUCCAGCUAUUUUUAUGCAUUAAACAAACACAAUAUCCUCAAUCCA